AGGAGGAAGAAGAAGAAGAGGAAGGGUCUGAGGGAGGUCCCGGGGUCCGUCCCCCCCGUCUCCCCUCAGGAUGCCCUGCACCUGCAGCAAUUGGAGGCGCUGGAUCCGUCCCCUGGUGGUGCUGCUCUACCUGCUGGUCCUCCUCGUCGCCGUGCCCCUCUGCGGAUGGGAGCUGCAGAAGCUGGAGGUUGGAGUGCACACCAAGGCAUGGUUUAUUGCCGGGAUCUUUUUGCUGAUGACAGUACCAAUAUCUCUCUGGGGGAUAUUACAACACUUAGUGCAUUAUACACAACCUGAGCUACAAAAACCAAUAAUAAGGAUACUGUGGAUGGUGCCGAUAUACAGUUUAGAUAGCUGGGUAGCUCUGAAAUAUCCCAGCAUUGCAAUAUAUGUGGAUACUUGCAGAGAGUGCUAUGAAGCCUACGUCAUAUACAAUUUUAUGGUAUUCCUUUCCAAUUAUUUAACAAACCGGUAUCCAAAUCUGGUAUUAAUCAUCGAGGCCAAAGAUCAGCAGCGACAUUUACCUCCAUUUUGCUGUUGUCCAUCAUGGGCUAUGGGAGAAGUAUUACUGUUUAGGUGCAAACUAGGUGUUCUGCAGUACACGGUUGUCAGGCCGUUCACCACUAUUAUUGCUCUUAUCUGUGAGCUGGUUGGUGUAUACGACGAAGGAAACUUUAGCUUUAAAAAUGCUUGGACUUACUUGGUUAUAUUCAACAAUGUGUCACAGCUGUUUGCCAUGUAUUGCUUAGUGUUGUUCUAUAAAGUUCUGAGGGAAGAACUGAACCCGAUCCAACCUGUUGGCAAGUUUCUUUGUGUCAAGAUGGUCGUCUUUGUUUCCUUUUGGCAAGCAGUACUUAUCGCCUUACUGGUUAAAGUUGGCAUUAUUUCUGAAAAAAGGACGUGGGAUUGGCAGACUGUGGAAGCAGUAGCCACAGGCCUACAGGAUUUUAUCAUCUGUAUUGAGAUGUUCUUGGCAGCAAUUGCUCAUCACUACAGUUUUUCUUACAAACCUUACGUACAAGAAGCAGAGGAGGGAUCCUGCUUUGAUUCCUUUCUUGCCAUGUGGGACAUUUCGGAUAUUAGGGCAGAUAUAUCUGAACAAGUAAGGAAUGUUGGAAGGACGGUAUUGGGCCGGCCCAGGAAGAUGUUCUUUGCGGAGGACCACGAGCAAAAUGAACACACGAGUUUAUUAUCGUCUUCCACUCAAGAUCCGAUAUCUGAAGCUUCUUCCAUGCCACCUUCACCCAUGGGGCACUAUCAAGGGUUUGGGCACACCGUGACUCCUCAGACUACCCCCACUGCUGCUGGGAUGCCCGCUGGGAUUUAUAGCAGCGCUGCAGAAGAAAGCGGGGAGUCUUUUGUCCCCGAGCCCCUCUCCCCCGAGGACCUUUCAGAUACACGGAAACCUGUGGUGUCGUGAAUGGGGGUGUACAUUCCUGCCAGGUUCUUAUCUUACCUUUGGGAUGAACGAUCACGGAUCUCUUGCCUAGGACACAAAUCAUGAAAUGGAAAAUUUCAGCACAAAGAUGGUAGGUAAAAGCCGGGGGUCACCCAGCUGACGUCAAAAGUGACGCAGGAGCCUUUGGUGCAACGCGAAUGAUUGAUCUCUGUUUCCCGUCGUUUGAUUUCUUAAUGCCAGAUCAUGCGCUUAUACCCCACUGGGAGAAAAUAACUGGAACUGUGUUACACUGAAAUUAAACUUUAUAUAGUGCAUAGACUUCGAAAUCCACCUGCUCUCUACUAGUGUUGCAUGGAAUAUAGCACUGCUGCAUUAACAGAGUACAGUGGAAAAGCAGAUUAGCUAUUACAGCGUUUAUUCCUCUCUAAAAUCAGUGGUUUCCCGUGGAUGAACUUAAACUUACUAAUAUUCCACCGGAUGGGUGCGUUUCAAUAAACAAGAAGGAAUUUAGCCGG